AUGCUCAGAGUGGAGUGUGCUGCCCACCCAAGAUCCAUGAUCGGCCACCCUCCACAGCACCGCCUCCUGGGCCAAAGCACGCCCCCAACUCAUCCUGCGGCUCCAAGUGCAGGCUGUCACACGGAGCCCAGUGUUUUGGCAGUUUGGGGAAGUGGGGAGGCAGGUCAAAGGAAACCCCACGUUUUGAUUAAAAACCCCUCAGCAGUGUUAACGAGGAAAAUCUGCAGUGUGAUCUGUGAUGUGAUUGUCCAGUCAGGGCUUCACCUGGAAAUCGCCAGGAAAGGGAACCUAGUAGAACACCCCACGGUGUUGAAAUAA